AUGGCUACAGAAUCAAGAAAGCCUUCAGCCCCGUCCCCACCUGACCAGGCUCCUGAAGAGGACCUUGUAAUUGUCAAGGUAGAGGACGAUCAUGGUUGGGAUCAGGAAUCUAAUCUGCAAGAUAAUAAUUCUCCUGGUCAAGAGCUAUUCCGUAUGCGCUUCAGGCAGUUAUGCUACCAGGAGACAGUCGGACCACGAGAAGCUCUGAUCCAACUUCGGGCACUUUGCCAUCAGUGGUUGAGGCCAGAUAUGAACACUAAGGAGCAGAUCCUAGAACUGCUGGUGCUGGAACAGUUCUUGACCAUCCUGCCCAAGGAGCUCCAGACUCUGGUUAAGGAACAUCAGCUAGAGAGCGGAGAGGAGGUGGUGACCCUAUUGGAGGAUUUGGAAAGGCAGAUUGAUAUACUAGGACGACCUGUCCCAACUCGUGCACAUGGACACAGGGUACUCUGGAAGGAGGUGGUGCAUUCUGAAUCUGCACCAGAGCCUCCAAGUACUGAGCUCCAACCUGUGGCAACCCAGCGCAAAUCUCCAGUCCCCCAAGGGCCACAAGAGAGAGGUGAGGAGCCAGAUAUCAUUGCCACGUGUACUUCUAAGAGUCCUACCCCUUCCCAGAAAGGAAACUCUGGAGACCAGGAGAUGGCAACUGCCCUUCUCACUGCAGGCUUCCAGACUUUGGAGAAGAUUGAAGACAUGGCUGUAUCCCUUAUCCGAGAGGAGUGGCUUCUUGAUCCAUCACAGAAGGACAGAAACAUGUUCUCCCUGGGGAGUGAGACCAGAAGUGAGAACAGGGAAUUAGCUUCAAAACAGGUAAUAUCUGCUGGAAUUCAACCACAUGGAGAGACAGCUGCCAAAUGCAAUGGGGAUGUAAUCGGAGGUCUUGAGCAUGGAGAAGCCCAAGACCUUCUGGGCAAAUUAGAAAGGCACCGGGUAAAUCCCACACAAGAGAGACGACAUAAAUGCGAUGAAUGUGGGAAGAGCUUUGCUCAGAGCUCAGGCCUUGUCCGACACUGGAGAAUCCACACUGGGGAGAAACCUUACCAGUGUAAUGUAUGUGGUAAAGCCUUCAGUUACAGGUCAGCCCUCCUUUCCCAUCAGGAUAUCCACAACAAAGUGAAACGCUAUCACUGUAAAGAGUGUGGCAAAGCCUUCAGUCAGAACACAGGCCUGAUCCUGCAUCAGAGAAUCCAUACUGGGGAGAAGCCAUAUCAGUGCAACCAGUGUGGGAAGGCUUUCACCCAGAGUGCGGGCCUUAUUCUACACCAGAGGAUCCACAGUGGGGAGAGACCCUAUGAAUGUAACGAGUGUGGGAAAGCUUUCAGUCAUAGCUCACACCUCAUUGGACAUCAGAGGAUUCACACUGGGGAGAAGCCCUAUGAGUGUGAUGAAUGUGGGAAAACAUUCAGGCGGAGCUCACAUCUUAUUGGCCAUCAGAGAAGUCAUACUGGGGAAAAACCCUACAAAUGCAGUGAAUGUGGGAGAGCCUUCAGUCAGAAGUCAGGCCUUAUUGAACAUCAGAGAAUCCACACUGGAGAAAGACCCUAUAAAUGUAAAGAAUGUGGGAAAGCUUUCAAUGGGAACACUGGCCUCAUUCAACAUCUGAGAAUCCACACGGGCGAGAAACCCUAUCAAUGUAAUGAGUGCGGGAAAGCCUUUAUUCAAAGGUCAAGUCUCAUUCGACAUCAGAGAAUCCACAGUGCAGAAAAGUCUGAAUCCAUAGGAAUUUAG